AUGGCUGCGCUCCUCGCUUUGGUGCCGUUACUGUGCGUGGCCGCCGUGGUGGGGGUACCCAGCUGUUUGCUGCCGCCUGCCUCCGAAGAGCAGCUCAACAUCCCAACCGCGAGGAUGGACCGGUACGUGCAGUUCCAGUACGAGGCGCCGGACAUCCAGCGGCUGGGCUGCUACGUCCUCACGCAAUCGCCUGGAGAGAAUCCGUACGAACUCAACAUCAACGGCAGCUUCACCAGGCAGCCUGAUUUUCCUGUGUCAGCUAAAGUAGAAUUCAAAGGAAAUCGAAUGAUCAAAGUUUACGAGGGUAAAUGGGACAAAGAGUUUAGUGGGGAGUACAACGUGGUGUACGGAGACAAGGACAUAUUCAUUGAUCACUUCUGCUAUUUGGGACAUGAAAUGGCUCAAAUCUUCACAACUGAGAAGAAACCUAGCGCUGAGCUGCUCGAGCGAAUCUGGAAGGUCGUUGAAGAACAUCCUGAAGUAGAAAAAUCCAAAUUCAAGGAAGUAGUCUGCUAG